CAACUGUCGAUUUUACGAAUAGAUUUUACAGUCGUUCAAACAAUAAGCUAAUGUAAUUGUAAGAUAAUUGCGAUCCGAACGGACUGUUUCGCGGGUUCAAAGUUUCCCGCCGUCUCGACGUUAAUCAAUCGCGUUGCGAGAUCGGCAUCGUCGACUGUUGACGGGCCAGUGCUGCUGCAGCAGCGGAUGCUCACUGUUAUCGAGUGAGAGGUGCAUCGACUUCGAGCCCCUGUGUGUCGAGGCUGCUUGACUCCUCUCGUGCGAGUUCAAAAUAACGGAGACCCGCAGGACGAACACCUGUUUCCUGCCUCGCGCGCAAUGUCGUCCGCCGUCCGCGUCGCGCCCGGAACACCGAGGGUCGCGCGUCGCGGUUAGAGCGACCCUGGCUGUCACCUGGCCGUCAGAGAGAUCCGUUACAUCUCUUCCCUCGCGUACUCCCGUGUGCACGUCCGCGCGAUCGAAUGUGACUGGUAACACAACGGCACGGGCGACAAGACACCACGGACUUCGCUGGUGCGAUACGUCAACGUAAGAUGGAUCCAAGGGGCCCUCCUGAGGGGGCCCCUGCCGAGUCCUUCGAGAUAUCCAGCAUCGACAGGGGGGCCGAUACCACGGUCAACGGAUGGCCGACGGAUCACCCCUUCGCCUCGUCCCUGUGCGAACAGCCGAAGAAGCUGAACAACAGGCUUCUGUUCCUGACCGUGGAAUAUGUGGAGGAUCAAUCCCGACUGUUCCCCACGUAUGAGCAGAUCUCCUUUUCGCCGAGGGCGGCCUCCCCCCUAUCCGAGUUCGAGAAUCGAGUCAGCCCGCUGGAUCCGAACAUGAGUUCCACCGCCAGAUAUUCUCCCACGCCGGUCCAACUGCCUUCCUCACCCUUCCACAACUCCGUCGUCGUCCUUCAAGGCCCGUCCUCGCCCUUGAUGUCCCAGCCUGAACCGAAUAUACGAACGAGCAUUAAUUACGUGACCCAGCUGACCCAUCCGAUCGACACUCAGGCCGUACCUCAGACAGACACUACCACAGACUUUGUUGGCAAUGGGAACGAAGAUGGGCUGGUGUCCAGCGUCAGCAGCGAAUUGAUUUUAAUGCAGGAAACUGCACCUGAAUUGGAAUCUUCGGCGACUCCCUUAAUGCUAACAGGAAUACCAGGCACGGACUUCGCUCUGACCAGAGACUUCCUGGUGAUGCAGGAUGAUCAAAUAAACGUUAUCAACACGUUUAAAAAUCAGAACAUGGAGAUGGAGGACAACCCCAUCGCUUUGCCAUCCAUUACCGAAGAUGCGAACAAAGAAAACAACAAUCUUGCUUUGCCGGAGUGUGAUAAGGAGAUUCAACAGAUUACCAAAGAACCGGUGUCCACUGAGAAGAAGAAGGUGAUCGAGAAGAAAGAUGUGCGGAGAUCCAAACGGCAUAUAACGGAUAAGAAAGAUUUCUGCAUUUUUACAGGGUGCGACGACGAGUACGAUGUUAAUUGUGCCAAAGACGACAGCUCCAAUUUGACCGACGUAUGCACAAUCGCGGAUCAACCUGUGCCAUCGCGUGCUGUAGCAACACUGCCAGGCUCAUAUCUUUUGUUAAACAAGCUAUCUACUUCGCAUGCUGCAGCGAACGGCGCGACCUACGGGAUUUUUGCGAAACGUAACAUUCGAAGGCGCACGCAAUUCGGGCCCAUCGAAGGUGUGUUGUGCACUUACGACGGCUCGCCCUUCGAGAAUGCUUUGCCACUGCUCUACGAAACUGAGAAUGGGGAAUUCCUGAAAGUAGAUGUGUCCAACGAAAACACCUCAAACUGGAUGCGUUUUGUGCGGCCCGCACUGACAUACAAGGAGCAAAAUUUAAUCAUUUGUCAGCAGAAGGAUGGAAUAGUAUUUUUGACCAAUAGAAACAUUUCGCCAAAGGAAGAGCUCAAGGCAGGUCCUAGUCCAGACUAUGCAAGUCGCAGAAAUUUGCCAAUACUCAAACCAGACGCGAAAGAUGAAAAAGAAGUGGCUAAUCAAAUAUCCACAUGGUCACGCUUGGAUGGUAAUUCUUACAAUCGACGCAUAAAGAUGUUUCGCGACAGAAACGUGAAGGAGAAGGAGAACUCGCGGCAGAACAAGUGCGACAAAGAGUGGAAAUGUUCCGUGUGCAACUUGAUUUUCCGGAAGCCGUCCCUGCUUAACCUGCACACGGCCGUUCAUUCCAACGAUAUCAAAAUUGAGAAUCAAAUGUCCGCGUGCCCGCAAUGCGGACUGGAAUUCCACAAGCACAGCGAAUUGGCGAAUCAUGUGUCUCAGCACGGGCGAAUGGCGUUACCUAAGGCAAAGAGAUUAACUCCUCUAGGUUCAUACAAGUGUUCAAUGUGUUACAAACGUUUUGCUACGAAGAUACGAUUACAACAGCACUGCUUGGCGCAUGGUGCUGAGGACCAAAAACCACUGCCGUGCAGUAUCUGCUUGAAGCGAUUUAUGAACAACUCCGCGUUGUCGGGUCAUCUGAAAACGCAUAAAGAAAACAAACAGGUCUUCGAGUGCCCGAUGUGCAGGCAGCUAUUCCGCCAAGGUACAAUGCUGAAGGAUCACGUUGAGACACAUAGAAACCAAGACGGUAUAUUCAGUUGCCCUCACUGCCAGCGAACGUUCAUCAAGUAUUCAGUCAUUCGCAAACACAUUCGGGCACACCAUUGCGAGAGGAAGCACAAGUGCCAGCACUGUGCGAAACGUUUCCCGACGGUCGACAAGUUGCGAAUGCAUUUGCUGAAGCACUCCGAUCAUAGAGAAUUUCAUUGCGCCAACUGCGGUAAACAGUUUAAGAGGAAGGAUAAAUUGAAGGAACACAUGACUAAAAUACACCACUCCCAAGCGGUGGUUAACGGAGAACAAAUAACGCAGAACAACCAGGCGAAGAAAUUUGUGCCAAAGGUAAAUCCGAACGAUUACAAUCGCUUCAUUUACAAAUGUCAUCAAUGCCUGGUGGGUUUCAAGCGUAGGGGAAUGCUGGUGAAUCACCUAGCGAAGCGACAUCCCGACGUCGCUCCCGAGUCUGUGCCGGAAUUGAACUUACCUAUUCUGCGACAAACCAGAGACUAUUAUUGCCAGUAUUGCGACAAGGUCUAUAAAAGCAGCAGCAAACGUAAGGCGCAUAUCAUGAAGAACCAUCCUGGCGCGGCCUUGCCGCCUAGCAACCGGCAGAAAGAAUCCGAAUUCUCGGGACUGCCGAAUCCAAGCUUCAGUCAGACAGUGGGCAGCAUCACGACUAGUCCCCAAGGUUGCCAGUGGUGCCACAAGCAGUACGCCAGCAAGGCAAAGCUCUUGCAACACCAGCGCAAGAAGCACGCGCACCUGAUGGAGCCGGCGGAUCAAAUACCGCGAUCGCGGAAUCGGCCGCCGCAGAAUCAAAAUCAACCGCCCGCGCUGAACGACAACAACUUUGUGAUAUCCGAUUACAUACAAGGAUGCGACGGGGAUUUCCUGAAGCAGAAAAUAAUCAAAAUAACGAACGACGUGGACCUGAUAGGCAACGGUGGCCUGGAGAUGAUUGGCCAGCAGUUUGUGCGUAUGCGCGACAUACGUUGAGGAAACGCGCGGCAUCCUCGACACGGGGGAUGAGCGUCGCCAAUUUAUCGAGAUAUGAAUCUCGCAACCCUUUGUACGCAGUCGAGAUAUUAGGCUGCGUUUUUUUGCUGCCGUUACCAAUGUCGGGGGCGACCAACGUCGCCUGGACGGGGGCGGCGAAGCGCUGUGUCGCCCGAGAAUAUUUGGGAAUAUACGCGGCUUUGUCAGCGUCAGUGCGAAACACUGGGGCGCUGUUUUGUUGAUUGUACGCGUUUGAUCGAUCGACAAUGACGACGGUUACCGAUGAUAACCUAGUGGCUUUGGCGGAUUUGUUGGAAGCGAAGAGCACGCAGUUUUAAGGAUAACUUUGCCCGAGCCUCGAAACGAAAAAAAAAAAAAAAAGAGAGAAACGCCUAAAAACGUUGACUGAAAACCAACCCGAGGCUCGAGGAAUCUACUUGCGACGGAGAGCAUUGUAGUCUCGUACAAUUGUUGAGAUCUUUCCUUGAAAUAUUAAGAAUACCGUAAAGAGAAAAAGAAAAAAAAAAAGGUAGAACAAGUCCUGGUACUAUCGGCACGCCAUUUGCGCUAGGCCUGGUAGUUUUACUUUAAAAAUCCGAUUCGAGUGUGAAGUAGAUGGACGAAAUUUAAGCGACAGGUUUAAAGAGAUGUUAAAAAUAAAAAAAAAACCCCCGGUUUAUAAAUCUGGACGGCGGACGGGUUAGAUCGCGCUGCGUCUUAGAUCAGCGUAACUUCCUCCGUACGGCGAUGAUUGGAGUAAUGUUAAACGCUCAUUAUUCGCAACGUAUUUGGCUUCACUUAACGGCGAGCGAUUGUCUGUAGAUUACGUGAAAGCUUGCGAUCUCUGCAAGGAAUCGUCCAUUUCACUUUUGCUCUUUCUCUCUCUCUCUAUCUCUCUUCCUCGUAAUUCCAAGAUCUCGUAAACGCUUGCGUCCACGUUCUCAUUUUAGAAUAAUAUACAAGUAACAUGCGUUCUUAGAUCUUCAACGAAGAACAUACUGUUUUCACGUAAUCGUUUCGUAAUCGCUGGUCUCAUCCACGUAUGAAUCUAGUCGUCACGGCCGAGAGCUCGUUUGAAUCGUCGGCUCGAGAUGUCCGGUUUUAAAUUGACGCACGGUACCGUAGUUACGUAGCCAAAGGGGGAGGGGGGGGGGCGGGGGAAUUUUCGCCCUCGCGAAUUUUACGAACAGCAGGAGCAACGUAUGUACGUGUAUUUUUAAGCUGUGUAUUCCUGGCCGCGCGUUCGCACGUAAGCACACGUACACCACAAGAGUUUUCGCAAAAGAUUGUCCAAAGAUUGUGUAUUCCGCAACGUGUCUGAAUUCGGAUAAUUGUGUCCUCACGUAAAACCCUAUCCGGUUUGGUGUGUGUCGUAAAUAAAAGUAAAAAUAAAAAAAAACCCGCACGAACGAUUUUCACACUCAGAGAAAUUCACGCCGACGAAACGACGACGACGUUGAACUUAUUUUACACGACGCGGUAUAUACACGGCGUAUACAUUGUCGCAGUUACGAAGACAAGAGAUUGCAUGUUUGUCGAUGUCGUUGACUACAUGGAGGACUGUACUGUAAACAUGACUUAAAAUAAAGUUAUUCGAUGAGCGAUA